CCGCGGUGCUGAGCCCGGCCCGCCUCGCUGCAGCCGCCCGCCCGCCCGCUGUAUGCCCCGGGGGCGCGGCCAUGGAGGUGGUGGGCGACUUCGAGUACAGCAAGAGGGACCUCGUGGGACACGGGGCCUUCGCCGUGGUCUUCCGGGGGCGGCACCGCCAGAAAACUGAUUGGGAGGUAGCUAUUAAAAGUAUUAAUAAAAAGAACUUGUCAAAAUCACAAAUACUGCUUGGGAAGGAAAUUAAGAUCUUAAAGGAACUUCAGCAUGAAAAUAUUGUAGCACUCUAUGAUGUUCAGGAAUUACCCAACUCUGUCUUUCUGGUGAUGGAGUACUGCAAUGGUGGAGACCUGGCAGAUUAUUUGCAAGCUAAAGGAACUCUCAGUGAAGAUACUAUUAGAGUGUUUCUGCAUCAGAUCGCAGCUGCCAUGUGGAUUCUGCACAGCAAAGGAAUAAUCCGCAGGGAUCUCAAACCCCAGAACAUCUUGCUGUCAUAUGCGAAUCACAGAAAAUCCACUGGCAGUGAUAUUCGCAUCAAAAUAGGUGUGAUCUAUGUGAAGUGUGAGUAA